GGGCUCCCCGCGCCUGGCCGGCCGCUGCAGUCAUGGGCCUGGUUUCUUUGUGCUUCAUCUAGGGAAGCCAAAGCCAUGGAGGCCCCGCCCGUUACCAUGAUGCCCGUCACUGGCGGCACCAUUAACAUGAUGGAGUAUUUACUCCAAGGAAGUGUUUUGGAUCAAAGCCUAGAGAGCCUCCUUCACCGGUUGCGUGGUUUGUGUGACAACAUGGAACCUGAGACGUUUCUGGAUCAUGAGAUGGUGUUCCUCCUGAAAGGGCAGCAGGCUAGUCCCUUUGUCCUGAGGGCACGGCGCUCCAUGGACAAAACUGGAACACCCUGGCACUUGCGCUAUUUGGGACAGCCAGAAAUGGGAGACAAAAACCGCCAUGCUCUGGUGCGCAACUGUGUUGACAUUGCCACAUCAGAGAACCUUACUGACUUUCUGGUGGAGAUGGGCUUCCGCAUGGACCAUGAGUUUGUUGCCAAGGGCCAUGUGUUCCGCAAGGGUAUCAUGAAGAUUGUAGUGUACAAGAUCUUUCGCAUCCUGAUUCCAGGAAACACUGAUAGCAUUGAGCCCUUGUCUCUCUCCUACCUUGUGGAGCUGAGUGUUGUAGCUCCAGCAGGACAAGACAUAGUGUCUGAUGACAUGCGAAACUUUGCUGAGCAGCUAAAGCCUUUAGUUCAUCUGGAGAAAAUUGACCCCAAAAGGCUCAUGUAAAGGACUCAGCAAAUAAUCUAGUUCUAACAGCCUCUUCAUGCAAAGACUGGACAAGAGUUUAUAUACCAGUUUCAUUCUCCAAAUAAUGGAGGAGAGAUGUCUUAAUAUUAUUUCAUGAGACAGGAAAUACAACUAUCAGAAUCAGUAAUACAGUGGAGCUGACUGCACGCUGUUGCCAAAAGAGGAAUGUAUUUUUUUCCCACUUUUUUUUUUUUUAACUUAGCAAUCUUAGGUGUUAGUUUAUCUGCUAGUGUUACAAAUAAGAUGAAAAUUAGUUUUUCAGGCAAAAGGUGUUACCCCUUCAACAAAUAUAGAUUUUUUUUAAAAGCUAGUUUCCUUAGUUAGGACUUGGUUUUCAAAACUGAACUCUCAAAACAUAACUUACUUUUAAGACUAUUUAUUUUAGGUACUUCAGUAAACUGGGCCUAUGAAAAUAAUCUGAUCAGUUUCUCUGAUUUCUAGUCAAUUCCUUUUUCUGCUUCUUACCUAUUUGUAAAUGUCUGCAGAAGAAGCUUGUAGAUAUUUAAAAGUGGUAUUUUAAAAAAUUCUGUACAUCUAAGGUUUUGCAAAAAGUCAGUUUUAGGAAAACCAAAUUUCUGGGCACCAAAUUUACAUUACUUCAUAUUUCUGUUUUGUUUUUGGUUGAAUACUUUGAUGCCUGAGUUAAAUCAUAGUGAAAUAACACCUGAAUUUUGUGUAUUACUAUUAGCAAUUUUUUCCUUCAGUUUUCUGCUGUGGUAAAAUUGGGGGUCAAUAAAAAAAAAUUUGACCAGCAGGUGCACAGAACUCCUGACUGUUUUGAUCAUUUUGUUGUUAACCAUUCUGAGAUGUUUGUUUAAACAAGUCCUUAUUCUGUGCCUCUGAGUUCUGUAGUCAAAUAAUAAGUAUUUGUUACUGUAAUUCCAGAAAAAGUCUUUCAGCUGACUUCUUUCAGGGCUAAUAUUUAUGAUAACGUACAGUAACUUUACAAUUGUACUUUAUUGAAAAAAUUAUCAUUAAUGCCAGUAAAGAUACACUAGGUUAACUGUGAAUGUUUCCUAACAUGCACAGAGCAAUCUUUUCACUUCCACCCUUGCUGUAGAACUCUGUUUUAGUGGAAUGGCAUACAGCAGUACAACAGUACAGUUAAGGAUAGGUUCUGAUGAAGAAUAUCACAUUUAGAUGAAACUGCACAAAGGACUUCUAGGUGGACAGUAGAAUUAUCCAUGAUGGAAUUUGGCCAGAAUAAAUUAUUCUUGGUGACUACCAAGUGCUUUGAGGUAAGCAGAACAUCACAUCCCAGCUGGCACACUGAUACAGCAUUUGCACAAAAACUGGUGUGGGCAUGUGAGUGACCAAUGAAGAUGUCAGUUGCAGCUAAGGUAACUGAAUAGGGAGUGCUACCAACAAUUCUCAGUCUAUUGAAGCUAUAUUUCAUAGUACAGGUGCAGGCAUCUAUGUAUCUAGAGUCCUAGCACAUCUUGUAUCAAAUUUAAUUUUAGAUUUGCAUCAAGGCUUAUGCCUAACCUUACUAUAAUCUAUUAAAAUUUAAAUAAAUAAUCAAGUAGUACAUGUUAGCUCUCAGUUUUGAAGUCAGACCAAUGAACUGGUGGAAGUCACUGCCUUCAGCAUUUGAAAUAAAGUGCUAAACUACCCUUUGAGAAUAGUGAUUUUUUUUUUUAUGUAGGUACAGAGGGGACAUUUUUUCUGUUCAGUUCAAUGACUCAAAGUUGAGACACCAAUUAGGACUUGAAAAAACCCAGAAUUUGUUUUCCUCUUCCAGUUUAUUAAUAAAAAGGUGUAAAAGGACGAGUUCUACCUUCUUGAAGAAUAUAGGCAUCUAAAUACUUUUGACAAUCUGGCCCAUACUAACCAAAACCAACCAAUUCACUUCUUAGAGCUAAUCCUUCAAGUUAAACUAGUAGGCUACGUCUACACUGGCAUGGAUGCUUUUGCGCAAAAGCACAUCUCUUG